AACUACUUCAUAAUGGCGGUGCCCUUUUCAUAAUGGGGACUGUAGUUGAUCAUUUAGCCGACUUAUUGUGAAUAAUUGCGGAUUAUUCUUACAGCUGUCUGUUGUGUGUUAUUUGCUUCGACGGCUACAUGUUAAAGCAGUCCAGUGCAGCGGGUCCAUCUGCUAUUGCGUCUCCUCAGCCAAUGAAGGAGUCCAAGGAGAACCUGUCAGUGACUGGCCAAGCAGCUCUGGACCACAUCAAGCCAUGCUGGUACUGGGACAAGAAGGAUUUAGCCCACACCCCAUCUCAGUCUGAGGGUCUGGACCCUGGCACAGAGGCCCGGUAUCGGCGGGAGGGAGCCCGCUUCAUAUUUGAUGUGGGGACCCGACUUGGCCUACAUUAUGACACACUAGCAACUGGCAUUAUAUAUUUCCACCGCUUCUACAUGUUUCACUCCUUCAAGCAGUUUCCCCGAUAUGUGACAGGUGCAUGCUGUCUUUUUCUGGCUGGGAAAGUGGAGGAAACCCCAAAGAAGUGUAAAGACAUCAUCAAAACAGCCCGCAGCUUAUUGAAUGAUGUGCAGUUUGCCCAGUUUGGAGAUGACCCGAAGGAAGAGGUGAUGGUGUUGGAGAGAAUCUUGCUCCAGACUAUCAAAUUUGACCUGCAGGUGGAGCAUCCCUACAUGUUCCUGCUGCGCUAUGUCAAGCAGCUCAAAGGAGAGAAGAAUAAAGUGUGCAAGGUGCUACAAAUGGCUUGGACCUUUGUCAAUGACAGCUUGUGCACAAUGCUGUCUCUGCAGUGGGAGCCAGAGAUCAUAGCCGUGGCUGUCAUGUACUUGGCCGGCCGCCUCUGUAAGUUUGACAUCCAGGAGUGGACUACCAAGCAGUCAUCACGUCGCUGGUGGGAGCAGUUUGUCCAGGAUGUCCCAGUUGAGCUGCUUGAAGACAUUUGCCACCAGAUAUUGGACCUGUACUCCCAGGGAAACAAGCCCAUCCCUCAGCAAAUGCAAGAGAAGGAGCGGGCACCUGCUCCUCUGACCCCUGCUCCUCCGAUUCCACAGGGACAACCUCCAGCCGCCAACCCUCCUCCUCCUCCACCAAAGAAGACUUCCCCUCAGGGUGGCAGCCCCGCACGCCAGCUCAAGCGCUCACAUGCAUCACCAAAAGAUGAACCAAAGGCUCCAGAACAAGUUGGACUAAAGAUUCCGCGACUGGAGAGCCCCAUGCCCCCUCUGCCUACAUCACAGCCUCCCCCAGACCGUAAAGCUCCAGUUCCAGCCCCAGCCCCUCCCAUGGAAGCAGAACCAGGAAGUGAAACUGCUCCCCCACCCCCAAAUGCUCCACCUCCCCACCAGCCCCCUCCUCUACCCCAUCGCCCUCCUCCACCUCCACCAUCCAACUACAUCAUGUCCACCACCAGCUCCUACAUGUCUGGGGAAGGCUACCAGAGUCUACAAUCCAUGAUGAAGACAGAGGGCCCUUCUUAUGCCCCCAUGCCACCUAACUACGCACCGCCAAUGCCACCAUAUCACCCCCAUGUCUAUCCACCGCCUGCAGCACCACCUCCAGGCCCUCCACCUCCUCCUUCCAACUACCCACCGCCCACCUAUCCACCUCCAGGUUACAACAGCUACCCUCCACCACCGCCUCCACGCAUGCCACCAGGCCACGUACCUCCUCCAGGGAUAGGUCUUCCACCUGCUGGCUACCCUCCUCCACCCCCUGUGCCCCCAGCACAGUCACAGGUGCCCCUGCCCCCUCCACCUGGCAUGCCCUUGAACCGUGGUGGGUGGAUGAGAUGAGUGUGUGCUAACGGUCUAUGAACUGCGGCUGUGCUUAUUCACAAGUGGGGACAGAAAGCACUGGAGAGGGAGGACAACCAGGAACUUGUGUACGGUGUGUUCAUACAUAAGGAUGCAAAGUAGUUGGCAGAAUCUGGCCUCCCAUCAGUCUGCAGUUCUGGUGGUGUGUCGAGCAUGUAAUUUAUAUGCUCCGUUCUGACUGGAGUGUUAUUUUUUUCUAUGACAUAUCUGCUGGCAGUGAACUGUUUCUACGUUUGUUUGUUUGUUUUAUUCCAGUAACUCAUUGAAGACAUGUCAUAGGACCAGGAAGUUGGAGACAGCAUGGGUGAACGUUUCUCCCAUUUUGAUUAAAAUCCCUUCACAUAGUGAAGUUGGUGUAUUGACGAACUUUGUGCUUCAGUUUCCACUGGAAUCAGAAUGAUCACAAUUGGCUCUUAACCUGACUGCCACUCACGCUGUAUCAAGAUAUUCUCAGCUUUCCCCUGUAAGUGUAGCUGGGCGCUUCUUGAAUGUGUGAAGCCCAGCAGGGGAUGCAGGGCCACAAAGCCAGGUCUCAUUAAUGUUGAAGGGAAACCAUCGCUGCUCCUGCUUUUCGAAUCCAUAUGUGUGAACAAGCUGUUGGUACAGACAAAGAAACUUUGAAGGAGCUUUUUCAUGUCCAGUGCUAUAAACAGGAGUAGGGUUGUGAAUGAAGGCUUAUCAGCAGAUAGACUUGAGUGGAAAAGUGAGGUCUGGACAAUAUUAUGAGAACCACAAAUGGUGCUGCAAGAAUCCUGAAAUAUUUUGAAGUAACUAACUUAAACAUGUAGAGGAUGGUAUUAAGUCUGGCAAGUUUUAAGAUCUUGUAACAAACCCUGUCUGCUCCCUGUUUCUGUUUUGAGCAUGUACCAGCAAAUAUCAGAUCCGUAACAUACGUUUUCUCAUUCAUUUGAAAUCUACAAUUUUAUUUCAGCUCUGAGUGGAUCAAAGGCUUAGUCUUAUAUUUCCUUUUAUAUUCUCUCACCCUGAUCUUGUUUUGGUUUUCCUGACUUUCCAUUCACCCAGUGUUGCUCCUUUCUCCACAUUCCUAGUGUGACACAGCACAAUAAGAUCCUGAGAUGGCUGCUCAUGCAGUAGUCAAAUAUUAAGAUUCAGUGAUAGCUACAUGCUGUACAUUCAAACAUGUUCAUAAACCUACAUUGUUUAAUGCUGCAAAUUUUGUCUAUUGUUACGUGGAAACUCAUUUUGCAUGAUGUUUCUGCUAACAGUAAAUGCUUUGUUCCAUUUGAUCACUGUUCAUAUGUCCUCUUCCAUUAUUACUAGUGAAUCUGCACUGCAGACAGUAAUACAUGAACUACAGAAGUGAAGCCCUUGUCUGACACUGGACAGUCAAAGCUGUGGUUGUACAUAUCUGAUCUUUUUAUGUAGACUUUUUUGAGUUUCUAUCCAUAUGUGCCUUAGUCAGACUAAUCUUUUCUGUAUCCUGCACAUAGCUAUGGUUUUGUGUCUGGCACUGGACAAUAAAGAGCAUUUUUUCCUACUUUAAA